AUGGAGCCCAUUCACACCUCAUCUGCGCCCAAACGGGCGAUCCGCAUCGGCGGUGCAAGCGGCGGAUUUACGGAUCGGCAGCGAAGCAUCUUGUCCCUUGCUAGAGACAACGAUGUCGAUGUCAUCAUAGGUGACUGGAUGAGCGAAAUGACAAUGCAGUGGCACGGCGCGGAGAAAGCUGGCCGAGCUCAGUUCAAAAGCCCUGGUGCUUCUAGCCCUAUUACGACGUUCGAUCCAUCUUUCAUGGGCACUUUCACUCCUGCCUUGCCGUACCUACAGCAGCGCGGGAUCAAAGUGGCCGUGAAUGCGGGUGCCAGUGAACCAGACAAACUGGCCGGACUCGUCAUUGCUGCUAUAAAAGAGCAGAACCUGGAUCUUAAGGUCGCCUGGAUCCAAGGGGACGAGGUAAUCGAUGUCGUGGGGCGACUGAUGGAACAAGGCGAGAAGUUCGAGAACAUCUGCUUUGGUGGGAAUUUAGAAGACUGGCAAUUCAAACCAAUCGCUGCCCAGUGCUACCUUGGUGGUGCUGGCAUCGCAGAGGCGUUCGGAAAAGGCGCAGACAUUGUGAUCUGUGGCAGAGUCUCCGACGCAGCGCCUGUAGUCGGGGCGUCGAUGUGGUGGCAUGGAUGGGACCGCAACAGAGACUUCGACGAGAUAGCAGGAUCAUUGAUCGCCGGACACCUGAUCGAGUGUUCCAGCUACGUUUGCGGUGGAUAUUACAGCGGCUUUAAAGAUCUUUUCGAUGGCUGUGAGAAUAUCGGGUUCCCGAUUGCUGCGAUAGACAAGGACGGGACCUUCACAUUAGAGAAAGAGCACGGCACCGGCGGUGAAAUGUCGGUGGGAACGGUGACGUCCCAGCUCUUGUAUGAGAUUCAGGGUCCUCGGUAUUACGGCUCAGACGUGGUGGCACUUCUUGAAGGUAUCCAGAUACGGCAGAUUGCCAAAGACGAAGUCCUGGUAACCGGGGUAAAGGGAUCCCCACCGCCGACAACGACAAAGGUCGGCAUCACGGCUCGCGGUGGCUACCAGGCUGAGUUUCACUUCUACAUGUGUGGCCUGGACCUCAAGGAGAAAGCUGCCUGGACCGAGAGGCAGAUACGCCACAGUAUGGGCGAGAAUAUCUCCAAAUUCUCAUGCCUUAAGUUCAGCCUCAAUGGCUGGUGUCAGGAAAACCCAGAGAACCAGGAUGUAGCAACGGUUGACUUCCGCAUAUUGGUCCAGACACAAGACAAGGGGUUGCUUGGUGCGGGAUCAAUGGUCGGUUUCCAACGGUGGUGCAUGGAGAAUUUCCUGCAGAGUGCACCCGGCGCGAGCAUUGAGAACGACUUGAGACAGUGCACCGGCAAAGAAUUCUUCGAAUACUGGGUCGCUUUGAUGCCCCAAUCUGAGAUCGUUCACGAGGUGAGUCUGCCCUGGCUGGACCAAACCAUCCGGGUCCCUCCUGCAGCCAACCUCGAGGACUACGGAAAGACAUACGCAACAAGGCAAUGGAGCUACGAGACGGACAGCCCAGUUGAUGCAGCUUCAUUUGGCCCUGUAAGCAGCGCGCCCCUAGGUAGGGUUGCCCUGGGUCGUUCCGGAGACAAGGAUUCGGACGCAAAUGUCGGCUUCUUCGUGCGGAACGACGAUGAAUGGCAUUGGCUUCGAUCAUAUCUCACGGUAGCCAAGAUCAAGGAAUUGCUGGGCCCAGAAUACAAUGGGAAGUCCGUCGACCGAUUUGAGAUUCCCGCCAUUCGCGCGGUGCAUUUUCUGCUCCACGAUCAUCUUGAUCGGGGCUGGGGUGCUACGAGCACAUAUGACGGGCUGGGCAAAAAUGUGUGCGAGUAUCUCAGGGCGAAGCAUGUUGAGCUUCCAAACAUUUUCCUGGAGAAAGGCCAGGUGUCUCACCAGGCAAGGUUGUACACUUGA